AUGGACGACGCAAAAUAUCUUUAAGCGCCUCUUGUUACCUCGCAUUCCCCGCCGGAAACCACGAUGGGCAGGCCAGCCUCCACUAUCGAAAUCCCCGAUAGACGGCACCGUUCAAGCCAAGGAAACGGCCACUACACCCCUGAUUCCGAUGUCUCUGAUGAUUUCCGUAGCCGUCGUAGCCCUAGUUAUGAAUCAUACGGUCGCUACGCUGACAACAAUCGUCACCGCCGUCGAUCCGAAUCACCUGAAUGCGGAAGCCCUAGAUACGAAUAUGGAACUCUAAACGGCGAUACUUUACCAAAGCAAUUCGGCCGUGGAGAUCGCCGCCGAAACGACGCGUUUCUCCACCGUGAUCGUCAGGAUGGUGGGCGCUCUGAUUCAGAUUCAGACGAGGAGCUCAAGGGUUUGAGCUACGAGGAGUUCAGAAGGUUAAAGAGGCAGAAGAUGAGGAAGAUGUUGAAACGCUGUAUUUGGAAUGUUACGCCGAGUCCCCCAAGACGUGAGAGCGAUGAUUUGGAGGAGAAAGUGGAAGAAAUUUCUGACGAAGAUGGACAUGAUGAUGUAGGCAAGACUGCUUCGGCUGAUAGGGAAGCCAAAUCAAAAGGGGAAUCUGAAUAUUCGUCUGAGAAAUGUGCCAGUAGUGAAUCGGAGAGUUCGUUCGAGUCUGAGUCUGAUUCUGAAUCAGAUGUUUCACGCUCAAGGCGAAAGAUGAGAAGGAAUUCCGGUUCCAAGCGCAGGAGUAGGAAGUCCUACAGUGACACUGAAUCUGAGGAAAGUGGAAGUGAAUCUGAAGACGUUCGUGGGCGGACAAAGAAAUCGGUUAAGAGUAGGAGAACCAGAAGUAGACGGAAAAGGAGUAGUAGGAAGAGGAAGAGAAGGUAUAGCGAUUCGGACCUCAGCGAAGACAGUGAAAGCGAGGAGUCUGAUGCCAGUCGAUCUACAGAUGAUCAUGAGAGGUCAAGGAAGAAGCAUAAGCGAUCUUCCAGGUCUCGUUCAAAAGGUGGCCGGAGAAAGAGACGGUCUCAUGCGAAAAGUGACGAUUCUUACUCUGAAGAGAGUUCGGAUGCCAAAGCUGCCGAUGCGCGGAGCAAGGUGGACGAGGUGAAGAAGCCAGAAAUUAAUGCUGAGGCGCUGAAGCUGAAAGAAUUGUUUGAGUCACAGAAGAAACCCGCAUUGGACGAUGAACCCAUUGUUGGACCACAACCUUUGCCGAGAGCUGAGGGUCACAUUAGUUAUGGUGGGGCGCUCAGGCCUGGUGAAGGUGACGCCAUUGCACAGUAUGUCCAGCAGGGGAAGCGUAUCCCUCGUAGAGGUGAAGUGGGUCUUUCUGCGGAGGAAAUUCAAAAGUUUGAAAGCCUUGGAUAUGUGAUGAGUGGGAGUAGGCAUCAAAGGAUGAAUGCUAUUCGUAUUCGGAAAGAAAACCAGGUUUAUAGUGCAGAGGACAAGCGUGCUUUGGCUAUGUUUAACUACGAAGAAAAGGCGAAGAGGGAACAUAAGGUUAUGGCUGAUCUGCAGCGGCUUGUGCAACGCCAUAUUGGGCAGGAUGUUGGUCCAACUCAUGAUCCUUUUGCCGCAAAACCCUUGGAUGGCACUGACGCCUAAUUUCACAUCCAAUUAUUUUUACCUCAUGACAGCUUCAAUGUUAAAAGAUCAGCCAAUUAAAUCAGCACAAGAGUUGAAGCCCUAGUUAUUUAACUGGGACCCCUUCGCUUCACUACUGCAGAACCUGCCAUGCAAACUCAAGGCUUUGAUACUUUCCAUUAUAGGAAGAACCCUUCUGCAGUGUCACCAAAUAGGGAAGAUACUUCUUUUCCUUUCUCUUGCUCUCUCGGGAAAUAGAAGAGGGCUAUCUUAAGUUCGAGAUUUGACCAUUAGUGUUACUUCUACCUGUACUGAACCAAUUACUGGAAGUGAUACAAAAGGCUUCCCUCCAUGGUCAGUCGCUCAAACAAGUUUCCGAAACUUGUAAAUUUUUUAAAUGACACUCAUCAAAAGAUUCAUCAAAGUUGUGGUUGUGUGAAA